AUGAUGAUGUACGAGGGUGACCUGAGAAGAUGUCGUCGUUGCAAGAGGAAGAGAAUGGACGAUGAGCCUCCCGAAGUUCAGCAAUACAAGACCUGUGCCAAAUGUAGAAUUAUCGAGCGCACCAAAAAGAAGCUGAGAAAGCCUUUGGCUGAGGAAACUAUGAGAUAUGGUAUGCGCCAGUUCCAAGAACAAAACCAGAAUGCCAACUUCAUUCAUGACGAUGUUUUUACCGCCGAUCAACUUUUGUCAGAUAUUCAGGCUAAUAGGGAUGCUGGUUUGGUGAACCCUUCGAAGCAGCUGUACAACGCCCAGUUCUCCGUUUAUAAGCAGCCAAAUUCCGCCGGCCAGGGUUACAGUCAACAGCAGUAUGGCCAACAAGGGCUCAAUCAGGGCAUGGGCGCAGCCUCCCCAAGCUAUAACUAUGCACAGAAUUACUCCUACAACGGGGGUCAGCUGGGCAUGAGUCCGGGCUACCCUGGCGCUUCUGUUGGUCUGUCAGCUUACCAGCUGCCGCUGAUGGGUAACGCGUCACCCUACAUCAACAAUCCGGUGGCUAUCGCCAACGCCGCUACUGGUGGUGUCUUAUCAUCCGUGGGCCCAAAUGCAUCUGGAAUGUCCAACAAUGGGAGGAACCUACAACAGCUUGGGGCAACCUCUACGGCAACAGCGGCUCAAAUCGCAGCUGCAGCCAUCAAUCGCCCUGAUGCACAGAUCGGUCAACCUGGGUUCAAACUGCAGCAGCAGUACUACAGGCACUACCAACAGAAGCAAGGAGACCGAAGCAGAAUAGCCGCACCCACGUCUUGCGAACUAUGUUCUUCCCCAUUGGACUUGGAGGAUAGCGUAAGCACUGUCUACCGAUUGUGUAACGACUGUUACUCCAACCCAUACAGCCGCCCUCACGUCUACAGUGACUUCAAUGACUUUCUUCUAGCGAUGAGUAAUGACAGUGCAGAGGGUUCGUUCACAUACAUAUCUGAACUAGCCUCUUACUUGGUCGAGUCACUUAAUUCAAACAAGCCAAUCACUUCCGAGCAACAGUUCCGAAAAACCAUGUUGGACAGUUUCCGCCUGAUUUAUUUGGAUCCACUAUUCGCUUCCUUGUCACCUGCAAAGCUCACGCAAACAAGCAAUAACAUCUCGGAGUUAAACAACACUGUUCCCAUCGUGUCAAAGGUAAGUCAACAAAACCACUACUUAUUAACGCCUCCCCUCAAGCAGACAUUUGCCACGGCUGACAGCAGCACUAGCGUAGAGCUUUUGUUUGUCACCGAGACCAAUUUAAUCAUCAUCAAAAAGAUAGCGAAGAAGGCACAAAGUGAAUUCAGCGAAAACUUCCUCAAAAGCCUCGACCACAAAAUGCGCAGCAGAGGUUUGUCAUUUGAAGAUGACGCCUCCAAGGUGUACUCUGACCUUGGACUCACUGUUGACGCAGACCAGUUUGCCAAAAAUUUCAAGUCUUUCGAGAAACUGAUCAAUCAACUUCGUGGCACCGGAUCAGUUAAGGAAACCACACCUUCUCAGAAUGGCGUCAACGACAAGAAGGCCAGCGAAAGUGAUCAAAGCGAUAGAGAAGCCAACGAGAGUGACCAAGCGCAAGAUUCAGAGUCCGCUGACUUGGGCAAAGACCACCUCGAUGAUGGUGCAAAGAGUGAAGCGAAUGGGCAGGAGGAGCUGGCCGACAACGCCGACCCCAAGGAGGUUGAUCCAGCGUUUGGAGCCUGA